AAAGGGACAACCCGCACGUUUACUAAGGACAGCCAAAACAAAGGACGAAACGUCGAUAGUUUCCCUGUAACUCGUUUCCACCCCUGUCUUCUUUCCAGCAUAGAGCCAGUCGUCAAUUGCAAACAAGCUUAGUUUAGCUUCGAAGAGCAAUUAACGUUAUUUCCCAUCCCCCCACCCAACCCACCAACGUCUUGUUUUUUGUCUUUUCAUUUCCCUCCUUGUCUGUUUUUUUGUCUUGCUUAAUUCCACAAGACGAACAAAAGGGGACAUAAAGUACACACACAAAAGGGGAUUAACCAAGAUGGCCAUCCAUAAAUCAAAGUCCAAGACGGCGCCAUCUAACGCGGAGGUCAACACUGAAGACAUAGAUGAAGUUGAUGAACAGGGCCAAAGUAUCCUGAUGGGGAUAAUCACCCAAUUGCGCCCAGGAUGCGAUCUUUCCCGAAUCACUUUGCCAACGUUUAUCCUCGAAAGGAAGUCAAUGUUGGAGAGAAUCACCAAUCAGCUACAACAGCCUGAUUUCCUAUUGGAGGCACAUGCCGCGGGAACUCCGCUGGAGAGAUUCUUAGCAGUUGUCAAGUUCUAUCUCAGUGGAUGGCACAUUGCUCCAAAGGCUGUGAAGAAGCCACUGAACCCUGUAUUGGGUGAAUUCUUCACCUGCUAUUGGGACUUGCCGAACGGCCAGCAGGCUUAUUACAUCUCGGAACAGACAUCGCAUCAUCCCCCAAAGUCUUCAUACUUCUACAUGAUUCCAGAUUCCCACAUUAGAAUUGACGGCUCCGUGCUUCCGAGAUCGAGGUUCUUGGGUAAUUCUACAGCUGCGAUGAUGGAUGGAUUGACAGUGAUCCAAUUCUUGGACAUCAAGGACUCAAACGGCAAGCCUGAGAAGUACACGCUGACACAACCAAACAUGUACGCACGUGGUAUCCUUUUUGGUAAGAUGCGUAUAGAGAUGGGUGACCAUAUGGUGAUCAAAUGCCCUUCCACUGGAUACAGCAUCGAUAUUGAGUUCAAGACAAAGGGGUUCAUCUCGGGUACUUAUGAUGCAAUCGAGGGAACCUUGAAGGACGCUAAGAGUAAAUCCCUUUAUGAAAUCACUGGUAAGUGGAAUGACGUUAUGAACAUCAAGGACUUAUCCACUGGUAAGAAGUCUGUGUUUUUGGAUGUCAAAAAGACAAGUCCACAGCCUCCAAAGGUCCAUCCAAUGGAGGAACAAGGUGAUUUUGAGUCGAGAAAACUAUGGAUACACGUUACAGAUGCUCUUGGACAUAGAGACCAUACCGUGGCAACAGAGGAGAAGUUCAAGAUCGAAGACGCACAGAGAGAAGCCGCAAAGAAGAGAGCUGAGGAAAACGUUGAGUUCCAUCCAAAGCUGUUUAGACCAAGGGAAUCACAGGAUGAUGAACUCGAAUGGUACCUGUACAAACAUAUUCCAAAUGACGCUCCACCAAUAGAACAAGCAAAACUUAUCCUGGAAUCGGUGCCUAUUCUUCCAGGCCAGAGGUUUACUCCAGAAUUUGAGAUUCCUGCUUUCGAAAAGAUGUCAAUCGGAUCAAAGAAGAAGUAAUUUUGGUUCUUGUUUUCUUUUAAUUCACAUUUCUUGUUAGUUUAUUUGCUUUCGUCUACAC